AGCGGUCCCUGAAGGCAUGCACGUGGGCGUGUCCGCGGGACUUAAGGUAGAUAUUUCAGGUUCAGCAGGGAGACGUCAGGUGUGGCUGAUACACUUUUCCGGUUCAAACUGAAAUCCAGAGGAACUUCCUGUUGUUAUCAUGACGUCUUUAUGGGAUGACUUGGACAGUCUGGUGAAUUCCCCUUCCUCGUUCGAAGCAACAACUGGAGAGAGAGGAACCAUCAAGCCCAAAGCAAACUUUGAUGCAGGAGACGAUGCUGUGGAAUUGAGGAAGGCCAUUGAAGGACUUGGCACCAAAGACAAAGUUUUAAUUGACAUUUUGACCCAUCGAAGCAGCGCUCAGAGGCAGCUCAUCUGUGAAGCUUAUCUUGAAGCCACUGGAAGAACUCUAGUGGAUGACCUAAAAGGAGACACCAGUGGUGACUUUGAGGAGUUGCUUGUUGCGCUCGCCACCCCUCCUGCAGCGUACGACUGCCAUGAAGUGAUGCGGGCCAUGAAAGGAGCUGGGACAAAGGACAGCGUCUUGAUUGAAAUCUUUGCCUCAAGAUCCAACCAACAAAUCAAAGCUCUCUCUGAUGUCUAUCUGGAAGAAACCGAGAAGAAGUUGACCCGUGACCUGAAGAAGGAAAUUUCAGGAGACUUUUCUAAUGCGCUGCUCCUGCUGGCCGAGGGCAAGAGGGAUGACAGCACUGCAGUCGAUGCAGAGAAGGCAAAAGAAGACGCCAAGACCCUUUACGAUGCUGGGGAGAAGAAGUGGGGCACGGAUGAAUCUAAGUUUGUCGACAUCCUCUGCCACAGAAGUAUACCUCAACUGAGACAAACUCUUGUUGAAUACAAGAACAUCAGUGGAAAGACUCUGCAGCAGAGCAUCGAAGGAGAGAUGUCAGGGGAGCUGGAGGAACUUCUGGUGGCUAUAGUGAAAUGUGUGAAGAGCGAACCGGCCUACUUUGCAGAGCGCCUGUAUGAGAGCAUGAAGGGUUGUGGAACAGACGAGUCGACUCUGAACAGGAUCAUGGUGAGCCGCUCUGAGAUCGAUAUGCUGGACAUCAGAGCCGAGUUCAAGAAACUGUACGAAUACUCUCUGCACUCUGCCAUUGAGUCAGAUCUGUCAGACAGCCUUGGGGAGUGUGUGAUGGCCAUCUGUGGAGGAGACGACUAACUAACACGAUCUCUACCUGAGGACAAGAAGAAAUCUGCUUCCUCUUGAACUCACGUCGUCUUCGGAUACUAAACUUUCAUCUUAAAUUACUAAUCUGUAACUUGUCUUUCAUCGAUCGAAAGACAUGGUGUAUAAUUAUAAAAGAUAGUCCAAUGAGACAUGCAAAUCUUGAAGUUCAAAUUUCAAACUGAAGUCUUAAUAUGAAAUUCUGUUUUGUUUCAGUCUGAUUGCAGAGGGAAAUGGGAAAAGAGUCUGCUAAAAAUGUGUGGAGGAGAUGAUGAGUAACAUUGAUAUGCUUUUGCUCACUCUACGGCUUUGUCUUCAUUUGUGUCAGUUUGUCAUUCUUGUCAACAAAAAUAUCCUCACAUCUUAUGAAAUGCUUGAGGAAACAACUGCUCAUAUCGGAAGCUCCCAAACUUUAUUUAUUAAAACAAAUAAUGACACCACUGUUUAGUUUAUCAAUAUAAUUGUUCUUCUUAUUGUUGAUUACUACAACUGUAAAUUGCAUCAGGAGGACCAUUUUGAUAUGACAUUCUCUGAUAAAUGGAUUAAAAAAUAAUUGCUUGAAAUUUG